AUCUUGUUCCGCAGCAACAACAAUGGCUUCUACUAGCUGUCAGAUGUGGAGACCAGACCGAGGGCGGUGUUCAAAACACUACGGGAUAUUUGUCAUAUUGUUUAUGGACCUGGUCUUACAGAGCGUUAGCGGGUACUUGAGUUCUCCUCAGGUUAGCCACCAGGAGCCUGCUUUCAGCAGGGAAUCCCAGCAUCGACCCAUCAUCACCAGCCCUGUGGUCCCUGCUGCAGCUUCUGUGUCCCCUGUAGAAGAAGAUGUUUCUGAAUGUCCUAGUGGGGGUUUGUGCAGUCGUCUGCCAGCAGAUUGUAUUCAGUGCAAUUACCAACACAACUGCACGUAUGGCAAACCAGCUUCCUUCACCUGUAAACCCAAUAAGGGGGUUCACUGUAUAGGAGAGUCAGGACAGCAGCAAAGCAACUUCACUCUCUCCAUCAUCUGUCAGUUCUGCUGGCAGCUGGAGCCCUCUCAGUACCACUGCUCCAACCCGAACAACUGUAUGACAGUCUCCUGCCCACGCAAGCGCUACAACGCCACCUGUAAAGUCCUAAACCACGUGCAUUGYUUAGGCAAACGGCAGUUUCAGAAGCGUUUGUUCUGUAACUGGACUGGUGGUUACAAAUGGUCGACAGCAUUAGCUUUCAGCAUCACUCUCGGUGGUUUUGGUGCAGACCGGUUUUAUCUGGGUCAGUGGAGAGAGGGUCUGGGCAAACUGUUCAGCUUUGGCGGCCUGGGCAUCUGGACUUUGAUAGAUGUUCUCCUGAUAGGGGUCGGCUACGUGGGUCCUGCUGAUGGCUCGCUCUACAUUUGAAGCAAACUCUAGACUCAACUGUUGGUUUGUAACCUCCUCCUCCUCCUCACACUACUUCACCCUGCAAAGACUGAAGAUCUGAGAAGCUGUGUUCUUAUCACGUUCUCUGCUCAACACAUCCUCGUCCCAUCUGCUAACGAACAGGAAGUGUUUUCCUCUUCACGCCGCCACCAACUCUGCCCACAAAACCUUCCGAUCCGUGUCAGUGGUUCUGCGCCCGUCUCCUGUUGAGAUGGUGCAGACGGAGCUGUGCAGGAGGACGAGGAGCCGGUGAUUAUGUGCAUCCAGUUGCUUUGGCCUAACUAGUGGUUAGGCUCCAUCUUGCUGAUGGACAGCUUUGGUUUCCUGUGGAGWUGCUCUCUCACAGACAUCCUGUCACCUUAGAGUACUUAUUGCUCCUCCUUUAUUACAAGCUAGAUGCAUCAACAAGGGUCAGWAGUAACCAUGGCUACAUAUCUUUUUUUACAGUAACGGCAGACAGAAAGAGGGCAAGUUGAAGGGUAACAUUUAUGUUCCAAAAGCGCRAAAAUGCUGCAGAGAAUGUACUGUAUUGUGUUUUUAUUGAUGCCUGUUGCUUUUGACAAAAUUCUGUAAGGACUUCAAUUUUCCCCAGCAUGACRUCAGUGGAAGUCACAACAAGCAGAAAACUGUCUUGUGAGUUUAAAAACAAAUGUUUUUUUUUUGAUAGUUUAUUAUACUUGCAGUUAAGUUUUUGUUAAAAUACUUUUAGUGGUGGAAAAGAUUUAAAUGUCAUCUUUUGCUGCAGCCACACUUUCUGAAUGUGAACAAAUAAACCACAGUUUGAUUAUUGAUAGAAACAUUUGAAAUGAGCUGCAGCAGUAAUCUGCAGUGACUCUGGUUUUCCCAUGUUGGAGAUUUUUGCAGAUGUGUUGUCUGCUUUCUUUGCUAACCUUUCUGAAAUAUGAUUUACACUGUAAAAAAUAUUCUGUUUCCAUGUAUAUUUUUGGGUUUGUUUUUCUAAGUGUUGGUAUUUAUUUGAGGGCUGUAAAUGAUUUGUUUUUUUUAAGUUCUAUAAAUAAAAUGUAACUACUUAACACUGCUUACACAACAUUACUAAAUACACACCACACGUAAGCAUGUUUAA